ACGCCCGUUGAGACGCGGCGCGCGCGGUUGAACCCGCGGCCAGCCGUUAAAGACAUGACGUGAACGGCUGGACGGUUGGACGGAUUUUAACGGGAUUUUACGUUAAUAUGCAAGAAGACGGGAGCCGCUAAUUUCACGCCAGCUCCGAGUUAACGUUAGUUCGACUGUUGGAGAAGUUUUUUUUUUUUUUUUUUUUUUGUUCGCCAUCAUGGCAAACGUUAAAGUUGCCGUUCGAGUCCGCCCUCUCAACGCGAGGGAGAGGGCGGACGAAGGACGGCUAGCAGUUCAGGUGGAGGACAAGCUUCUACGGGUCAAAAAUGUUAAGCUGGAUGGACGUAGCGACGGGGCUGUAGAUUCCAGGGAGAAGCUUCUGGAGUUUUGUUUUGACUACUGCUACUGGUCGGUGGACCCGGCAGAGCCUCACUAUGCCUCGCAGGAAGAGGUGUUCCAGGACCUGGGUGUGUCGGUGCUGUCCGGAGCCUCAGAGGGCUACAACGUGUGUCUGUUUGCAUACGGACAAACUGGAUCUGGAAAGACCUACACCAUGAUGGGGACCCCGGACUCCAUCGGCUUGACCCCUCGCAUCUGUCAGGGUCUCUUUAGGUCUGAAGACACUUUCCCCGAUGAGCAAAACUCAAGCAGGGUGGAGAUCAGCUUUCUGGAGAUCUAUAACGAGCGUGUGCGAGACCUGCUCAGCGGAGGAGAGCAGAAGAAGAGAGCCUCCCUGAGAGUUCGAGAGCACCCUGAGAAAGGACCCUAUGUACAAGACCUGUCCCAGCACGUGGUCUCGGACUGCAAGCAGGCCAUGGACCUUUUGGAGGAAGGCAUCGCCAACCGAAUCACCGCGGCAACACACAACCACGAUGCCAGCAGCCGCUCCCACGCCAUCUUCACCAUCCAGUACACGCAGGCAAACCUAGAAAAUAACCUUCCUUCAGAAACCGUCAGCAAGAUCAACCUGGUGGACUUGGCUGGGAGCGAGCGAGCAGACUACCACUACUGCAGGGACAGACUGACGGAGGGCUCCAACAUCAACAAGUCGCUCGUCACUUUGGGCAUCGUCAUAUCUGCUCUUGCCCAGAACUCCCAGAUGUCCAGCAGCUGUCAGAGUAUCAACAGCAUGGCCUCUGAGGGCGAUGGCAGCACGGUGGGAAGCCACAGCAGCUCCCUGUCUGGAGGAGGAGGAGGAGGA